GUCAGACCACCAGACGACCAGUAGAGACGGAGCUUAGAGGAGAGUCAGGUCGGCCACUCUGGGCCAUCUCUGUCUGUUACUACUGACUCCCGUUGAUGCAGUUACAGAAUACAUAAAAUUGUCAAGCGGAUCGAGGCUCGUGAUUGCAAAACGAAGGAGCAACCCAAUAGCAACUCGUCAGUAAAACGAACAGACAGACAAAUGACUCCAACUUUGGGAUGGGCCGAUUACACGGUGAUGGGAGUGAUGUUGAUAAUCAGCGCUGGAAUUGGAAUUUAUUACAGAUUUACAGGCGGUCGUCAGAAAACCACGCAGGAAUACUUCACUGCUAAUGGAUCGAUGAGCAUAAUACCAGUGGGCAUCGCUCUCAUGGCCUCGUUCAUGUCGGCCGUCACUCUCCUCGGCGUUUCCGCCGAGAAUUACACCUACGGUACUCAAUUUGUCGUCAUCAACGUAUCCUACGGGAUCGGGACUCCGAUAGCUGCCUAUGGAUUCCUUCCCGUAUUUUUCAAACUACAAGCCACAAGUGCCUACGAGUACCUUGAAAAACGUUUCGGAAUCGGUGCCCGACUGUUUGCCAGCUUCGUCUACUGGAUCCAGCUGCUCUUGUACACAGGAGUCGUCCUGUACGCUCCGUCGUUGGCGCUCGAAGCAACCACCGGCAUCUCGAAAACCUGGAGCAUUAUCACCAUUGGACUGGUUUGCGCCUUCUACUCGAGUAUCGGCGGCAUUAAGGCCGUCCUAAUCACCGACGUAUUCCAGAGCAUCCUGAUGUUCGUCGCUGUGUUCGUUGUCAUCGGCAUUGCGGUCGGUGACGUUGGCAGCUUGUCCGAGAUCUGGAGGAUCGCCGAAGAGGGGGGUCGAAUAGAGUUUGAUAGCAUAUCGCCGGAUCCCACGGUGCGGCACACCUGGUGGAGUCUCAUAAUCGGCGGUCUCUUCACUUUCCUGUCUCUCUACGGUGUGAACCAGGUUCAAGUUCAGCGCAUGUUGACCGUUAAGAGCUUGAAGGCUGCGCAAGCGGCUCUGUGGCUGAACUGGCCAAUUCUGAUGUUCCUUUCCUUCAGCACCAGCUUCUCUGGUCUGGCGAUAUAUAGCAGAUACUACAACUGUGAUCCCAUAAAACAGGGGAGAAUCAAAAAUAUUGAUAUGCUGAUGCCCCUUUACGUCAUGGACACGAUGUCCCACGUGCCUGGCCUGCCUGGGCUUUACGUUGCAGGGAUAUUCAGCGCCGGGUUGAGCACCGUAUCCGCAGCUCUGAACUCCCUGGCCGCGGUAACAUUGGAGGACUACAUAAAACCAGCCUACAAGCGAUGUUACAGCGCCGAUUUCCCUCUCGCCAGGUCAACUUUGUUCGGAAAAUUGCUAGCCUUCACCUUCGGCAUCAUUUGCAUCGCUCUGGCAUUUUUGGCUCAGUUUUUGGGCGGUAUUUUGCAGGCUAGCUUGACGAUAUUCGGGGUGGUUGGAGGUCCUUUGCUCGGCAUGUUCACCCUCGGAAUGUUCACCGAAUCGGCGACCCAGCGAGGCGCUAUAACCGGGACUCUUGUGGCCUUGGUUUUCUGCCUGUGGAUUGGAUUCGGCCAGCCUCGUCCAGGCGCUCCAAGAUUAUCGACAACGGAUGCGGGCUGCAAUGCAACUUACCCGGGAAUCUUGAAUGCCACAAUUACUGAGGCACCGACAACGUUAGCGACCUGGACCAACGCCACCACCGAGGACGAUCCGGCCAGCUACUUCUAUCUCUACCGAAUCUCGCACAUGUGGUACAGUGCCAUUGGCUUCCUGGUGACUUUCCUCGUCGGGUGGCUCGUCAGCAACGUCGAGCGGAUCGUCAUGAAGGAAGAACAACCGGAGUUGGAUCCGGAUCUCUUUAUUCCUUGGUUAGCGGGUCGCAUAAGGAAGCGACGAUUGCGGUUUUUACCGUCAUUCGACAAGCUGGCUCUUGAGCCGCGCAGCGUCACUUCGAAGUACACUUUUCACGAGGACAAAUCAGAGUCGCCGAUCCCAAGAAGCACGGAGUUUUAGUUAGAAAUUAAUCGGUGACUCCAUCAGAGGCCGGUCCUCGAGGAUGCACUAAAUUUCACGUCUUCCAGUUUUGAGAGAUAGAUUUAAGUAUACGGUGUGCUGAUAUAAUAUUCGAGCAUUUGUCGAUUCAACUCGAUUAUCUGUUCUUAAUAAUUAUUCAUUCUAUGCAUCUUACGUACGUACAAAAAUAUGUCAGGGUUUAGAAAAAUUUACACGUAUUUUAUAUCUGCUGAUGUAGUUUUGAAUAUAACGUAAUUUGAGUUAUUGCAAAGUGUACUUAAAUACUACUGGAACAAUUAUGGUUUUUUCCCUACGAAUUGAGAUUUUAGAGACUUGUAAAAUUGGACUAGAUCCAAACAAAGGCGAGCAUGUGGAGUGAUUUUUCAAUGCACGAAAACAUGUUACGUAGUAUGAAUUAGAGACCUGUACUUUUGAUUACAAUUAAUUAUAUUGCUUCCAACGAAGGGUAAACGACUCGGUCAUUUUACUUAGUGUUCAAAUAUUAUAAUUGCAUAGGUAUGAUACGGGCUGUGAUUGGCGUGUGUGAUUGUGAAUAUUAUCAAUUAUAUGAUAAUAAUUUAAAUGUCUGUUAACUAUAAGAAUCAGGUUAUAAUAUCAGGUAAAUAUGAAUUUAUACCGAUUAUAUUAAUGUUUUGUAACGCAAUCAGCGAAAAUAAGGUGUCAAAAUUUUUAAGGUA